GCAGGCAGCCAGUAAACCUGCUCGAUGUAACGUGAUCGGCGUGCAGACAUGGCACAUUCCUAUCGUGCCGCCAAUCAGGCGCUCUCCGAUCACGUGACUGCCGUGACAUCAGAGUCACUGUAUCUGUAUGGACCUGGCUGCUGCCCGCUCUAUGGUGCUGGUGGAGACUGGCUGACCCGGAAGUGGCCGGUUUAAUUUCUUCGUUCUCUAUCCGUAGGAACCGAAAUUGAGUGCCGAGCGGUUGAUUUACGGCUGAUCUUUAGAACAAACCGAUCACCAGGCGGUGUGUACGAUCACAUGCAGGAUGUCUGCAGGGACACCAACUUCUGCCAUCUACAGCCCCAGCACUGCUCCAACUGCUGUAUCUUACGUGACAUCUGUACAUCCAAACUCUAGUCAUGUUAUCAACAGCACCAACAUCACUAUUCCACACACGUGUCUUAUCAUCCUGUACGAAGAUAUCGGGACAUCUAGGGUCCGAUACUGGGACCUAAUGCUUCUUAUCCCGAAUGUUCUCUUCUUCGCAUUUUUGCUUUGGAAGCUGCCGUCUGCAAGGGCGAAAAUACGCGCUACAUCUAGUCCAAUAUUUACUACUUUCUACAUCCUGGUGUUCGUGGUAGCGCUUGUAGGAAUUACUCGAGCUAUUGUCUCAAUGACAGUCAGCUCUUCAAGUGUGGCCACUAUCAUUGAUAAGGUUCUCUGGGAAAUCACCAGGUUUUUCCUCCUUGCCAUUGAGCUCAGUGUCAUUAUUCUGGGUCUUGCUUUUUGCCAUCUUGAGAGUAAUUCCAGUGUGAAGAGGGUUCUGGCAAUCACUGCUGUUCUGUCUCUCGGGUAUUCUGUGACACAGGGAACUCUGGAAAUCCUGUAUCCUGAUGCUCACCUCUCAGCCGAGGAUUUUAACAUAUAUGGACAUGGUGGGAGGCAUUUUUGGCUGGCAAGCUCAUGUUUUUUCUUCCUAGUGUACGCUCUUGUCUCUAUACUACCAAAAACUCCACUGAAAGAUCGCAUCUCCCUGCCAUCCCGGAAAAGUUUUUAUGUCUAUGCUAUCUUCUUGGCUGUCCUUAAUUUGGUGCAAGGGAUAGGCAGUGCCUUGCUUUGUGCAGACAUCAUAAAUGGCUUGUGUUUAGUGGAUGUCACUACGUUCCUGUACUUCAGCUUGUUUGCUCCACUUAUGUAUGUGGCAUUCCUGAAAAGUUUUUUUGGGUCAGAGCCAAAGAUUCUUUUCUCCUAUAAGUCCCAGGUGGAUGAGCCGGAUGAGUCGGAUGUGCAUCUUCCGCAUCCCUAUGCUGUAGCCAAGAAAGAUGGUGUAGACACUGGAUUCUAUUCCAGCACUCAGAUUGACACCACAGCCUACCUUGAUGACGUAGCUUCUAUGCCACAUCUGGUUGGGAGCAUCAACAGUGUUGACAGCGACCGAUGGAAAGCUAUAAACACCUAAGCUUCAACAGCUCUGCAGUGCUUUAUGAGAGUGCAAUCUUUUUGAAAAACAUUAUCCUGUUUUGGGUUUUCAAGAGCAUAACAAAGGAAAGAGACCAUGGCUGUAGUCCUCUUAUGCAAAUAUUUUCUGAGGAAGACUUUUCCAAAAGCCUGCUCUUUAUCUGCAUUGUGAAAGGAAAUGGCAUCCUUAUAAACAGCCCAAACGCUGCUAUACCGUCUACUGCGCUGUCUGCUGGGUUGGUAAAAACACCACGUAGAGUCGUGUCACUGGAUGGCCAGAUCAGUUUGCUGCUCGAGCUGCGUCGCAUUGCCAAAGUCUUUCAGUAUUCUAAAGGGAAACAAUGCUUUGCAAAACUUUUCCCACCUCCCUUUAGCUCUGAAAGGGCUAAAAAAAAAAAUGUAAAGAAGAAACAAACAAAAAAGACAAAACACCAUACGUAGAUUAUGCAUUCUGGCUUACUGAGGACACCCAUAGAAUCACAUCAGUCCAGCAAAUAUUGGGGUGUUGUGGGAUGGCAAUCAUCUUACAUCCAUAAUUAUCAGCAAGGCAAAUGUUUUAAUUUUGAAUAUUAGACAGGCUUACCUAUAUCUUGAGAUAUAUAUAAAAAUGUAAUUCGGACUACAGAAGAAGAAAGAAAAUAUAUACACACACUCUCAGAUACAUUGCAAUGCGGAUGCUAAACUGAAGCAAUUGGAAUAGUAAGGUGGGGCUAAUAUACUGUAUACACAAUAGACAUGAGCUAGAUUCGUUUGGCUGCCUUUUAUGGCAGUGCUAGUGAUUGUCGGGCUACAGUGAGAAUAUCUGCCAGUGACUUUUCAGGAAAGAUGCAGCUGGCUGUGUCUCAUAGAGGCUGUCACUUAAAUUUAUAUGGAUUUAUCAUUGCGACAAUUGUUAAAUCUCAGAUCUCAAGUAUACAUCAGGCAUUCUAAAUGCUAUAAAUUAUUGUAAAUCAUCCCUGUGUUGAGUUACCAGUGUGUGAGAUCACCUAUAUUUUUACAUUUUGGAAUUGGUUUACUGAUUUGCACAAAUUAUCCUGAAACAAAACAAGCUAUGCAAACAGUCACAUUGGACAGUUUGACAGAUGUCCUAAAUCAGCUAUUUUUGUGUUCUGUUUUCAAUUCUAUAAAAUUUGAUGUUAAGUCAACAAAUCGCUUUUAAAUGUUUAAAGUGCAAUUUAACUG